CUCAGAUUAUAGGCUGAUAAUUUUCCCUGUAGGUCAUAUUUCUUUUCUUUACCUCAGCUUCCUCAUAAUAUUUCACAUUCAUUUUUUUUUUGGGUCACCUCCUGUUUGAUUCAAUAUGGCUUCCAAGACUUUCAUCGUCACCGGUGCCUCGAGAGGUAUCGGUCUCGCAACGGCUAAGUUCCUCCUUUCGGCGCCUCAAUCACACAAUGUGGUUGUGAUGGCCCGUAGCGCGGAGCCCCUCCAGAAGCUGAAAGACCAGUACCCCACCCAAGUCGAGGUCCUGACCGGCGAUCUGGCGGACUUCUCGCUCGGCCAGAAGGCCGUUGACCUGGCCUUGAAGGCGUUCGGUCGCCUUGAUGGCUUGGUUCUCAACCACGGCAUGCUUGGUCAGGUUGCCAACGUUGCAGAGGCGGAUCCGCAACAAUGGCAGCAUGGAUUUGAUGUCAAUUUCAUCAGCUUGGUUGCCUUUAUCAAAGCAGGACUCCCUGCCCUUCGCGAAUCCAAGGGUAAGAUCGUCUUCACGUCUUCCGGCGCAUCCGUCUCGGGGUUCAAGGGAUGGGGUCUGUAUGGCGCGACCAAGGCAGCCAUGAACCACCUGGCUUUGAGCCUUGGGGAAGAAGAGCCCGAGGUGACCUCCGUGUCUAUUGACCCGGGCUUGGUCGAUACCGAAAUCCAGAGACAGAUUCGUGAAGAUUUGGCUACUACUAUGGACCGUCAAUUCCACUCUGUGUUUACUACAGUCCACCAGGCUGGAAACCUCCUGAAGCCCGAACAGCCUGGUCAUGUAUUGGCUAAGUUGGUGAUUGAUGCGCCGAAGUCGUUGACUGGCAAGUACCUAACAUGGAACGACGAAUCUCUGGAAGCUUUCCAGUAGACUAUAUAGAUUAGCCUGUAUAUAUUUGGAUCAGUAUAUACUAAGUAUCUUAGAUUAUCAUAUGAUAUAUAUUUGCAGCCUACCCACAAUUUGGGGAACGGCUAAAGAGUGAUUAGAUUCGAUUAAAUCAGGUAUCAUAUACCUGACUCAGAUUAGAGUACUGCUUCCGAAGGCAGACAAGAAUGUUGAAUUGCUGCCGGAAUAAGUAGAAUGUUUGUCGCAACCCAAACCAACCUUAGUGAAGAA